GAUGGCCGCUAGCGAGCUGCUUCCCUUCGCCCCCUCCCCACCUAACGUUACCGGCCGGUCAGCCUCCAGUCCACCCGCGCGUCCGUCCGCCGCACGGCCGCAGCAGAGCCUCUAGUUAGUUACUUCACCCUUCAUCGGACGCGGGCGGGCGCUGUCGUCUGUCGAGUCGCGCGCGGCCCUUUCCGCCCGCCGAGCGCCGAGCCGAGAGCUGCGGUGCGCGCGCGUCGACGCCCGCCGCGCCGAGGAUCGACGAGCGAGCUCCGGCGGCGCGGCGGAGGAAUGCGGAUGGGGAAGUACGAGAUGGGGCGGACGCUCGGGGAAGGCCACUUCGGCAAGGUGAAGCUGGCGCGGCACGCGGACACGGGCAGGACCUUCGCCAUCAAGAUCCUCGACCGCCAGCGCAUCCUCGCCAUGAAGAUCAACGAGCAGAUCAAGAGGGAGAUCGCCACGCUGAAGCUGCUCAAGCACCCCAACGUCGUCCGCCUCUACGAGGUUUCAGCAAGCAAGACCAAAAUAUACAUGGUCCUUGAGUAUGUAAAUGGAGGAGAGCUAUUCGACAAAAUCGCGUUGAAGGGUAAGCUGACAGAGAAGGAAGCCAGAAAACUAUUCCAGCAGCUAAUAGAUGCCGUGGCAUAUUGCCACGAGAAGGGGGUUUAUCAUAGGGACCUCAAGCCAGAGAAUGUCCUUGUUGAUGCAAAAGGAAACAUAAAGGUUUCUGAUUUCGGACUAAGUGCACUUCCACAAAACCAACGAAAAGAUGGUUUGUUGCAUACCACAUGUGGCAGCCCUAACUACAUAGCCCCCGAGGUCCUUCUGAACAAAGGUUAUGAUGGCUCGAUGUCUGACAUAUGGUCCUGUGGUGCUAUUCUAUAUGUAAUGCUUACAGGGAAUCUUCCCUUUGACGACCAAAAUGUGGUUGUCCUUUAUCAGAAGAUUCUGAAGGGGAAUGCUCACAUUCCAAAGUGGCUCUCUCAAGGUGCCCAAGAUAUACUGAGAAAAAUCCUGGAUCCUAACCCGAUUACGCGCAUAGAUGUGGAUGGAAUAAGGGCACAUGAUUGGUUCAAGCAAGGCUAUGCUGCUGCUGUGCCAUUUAAUGAUGAUGAAGAUAUCAGCAUAGAUGAAGACAGCCUACAUAUGACUGAGCGUAAUGGCAUUCAAGACAAGAUAGCAAUCAACCAAAUCAAUGCUUUCCAGCUCAUUGGGAUGUCCUCCUGCCUUGAUCUAUCUGGAUUUUUUGAGAAAGAGGAUGCUUCUGAAAGGAAGAUCAGAUUUGCAUCAAAUUAUUCCCCAGCUUAUUUAUUUGAGAAGAUUGAAAGCAUUGUCAGAAAAAUGGGUUUCCAGGUACAUAAAAGCAACGGCAAGCUAAAAGUGAUCCAAGAUUGCAAGGGACUAGCAAAGUCAAGAGGGCAAGAAUUAUUAUUAAUUUCUGCUGAGGUGUUUGAGAUCAAUGAAUCUCUUUAUGUUGUCGAACUAAAGAAGUCAUCUGGAGACUGCUCCCUGUACAGAAAGCUGUGUGAGACUCUCUCAGAGGACUUGGGGACACGCAAAAGCCAGCAAUUUUUAAAGCAGGAUUCUAUCCGACAAGAGAUAGGUAGAUACAAUAGUAGCUUUUAACAAAGAGCCCCUUACUAAAUAGGCUAUAGCCACAAACUAACACAAACAAUAUACUGAAUUUAAAACAGUAUAUUGGCCAUGCACCUUUUACAAAUGUGCUCCAUUAUGCCAAUUGUCAUGAAACCUUAAGAGGCUUAGACUAUGACAGAUUGGCAACUGACAAUGUAUCGAACUCCUAAGGGAUAAUAUGAUGUAAACAAGUAAACUACACAUAUAAGAGAUUCAGAGUUACCUGGUCUCUAUGUUUCUCUUAUAUAUUGAUAUUGGAAUGUAAGAUUGCUUGCUUUUGAAGCC